AUGCCUCAGCCUAUCCCUACAGCCAGCCAUCUUCUUGACCUCUUCAGCUUGAAGGGCAAGGUCGUCGUCGUCACCGGGGCUUCCGGGCCUCGUGGUAUGGGAAUUGAGGCCGCGCGUGGUUGCGCCGAGAUGGGCGCUGAUCUUGCCAUCACAUAUGCAUCGCGCAAAGAGGGCGCGGAGAAGAAUGCGGCUGAUCUGAGCAAGGAAUACGGCGUCAAGGUCAAGGUAUACAAAGUCAACCAGAGCGACUACAACGACGUCGAGCGCUUUGUGAACCAGGUCGUUUCUGAUUUUGGCAAGAUUGACGCCUUCAUUGCCAAUGCUGGUGCCACAGCCAACAGUGGCGUUGUCGACGGCAGUUCUAGUGAUUGGGACCAUGUUAUCCAAGUCGAUCUUAGUGGUACUGCAUACUGCGCAAAGGCCGUUGGUGCGCACUUCAAGAAGCAAGGUCAUGGCUCCCUUGUAAUCACAGCCUCAAUGUCCGGCCAUGUCGCAAACUACCCUCAGGAACAGACUUCAUACAACGUUGCGAAGGCAGGCUGCAUCCAUCUGGCGCGCUCGCUGGCCAACGAAUGGCGCGACUUCGCCCGUGUCAACAGCAUCUCGCCAGGCUACAUUGAUACAGGCCUGUCGGAUUUCAUCGACGCCAAGACGCAAGAGCUAUGGCGAAGCAUGAUCCCUAUGGGACGCAAUGGCGAUGCCAAAGAGCUCAAGGGUGCAUAUGUCUAUCUCGUCAGCGAUGCUAGUUCGUAUACUACGGGAGCUGAUAUUGUAAUUGAUGGAGGCUAUACCACUCGAUGA